AUGCACAAGGACCUCCUCACCUUCUACUCUGACUACUUCCGCGGCGCCUUUGACGGCUCUUUCAAGGAGGCUGCUGAACGCAAACUAUCUCUCCCUGAUGAGCGAGUCGAUAUCUUUGACAUCUUCAACCAAUUCAUCUACACCCGCUCUCUCGACGAACACGACCUUGACUGCCACGAGCUCAUCGAACUCUGGCUCUUUGGCGACAAAUUCCUCGUCCCUUGGAUCCAAAACGCUGCCAUGGAUGCACUCGAGUAUCUGAGUAUCAACGAUUGUCCUGGAUACGAGGUCAGAGCCAUCUGGAAACGCACGAUGCCAUCCGCGCCACUGAGAAAAUUCAUCCUCGAUCUCGUCGUCUACCGCUGCGAUAUCGAUGCUGUCAUGGACUCGGCUGAAGUGUGGAGUCAUCAGGCGCUCGUCGACUUGACCAAGGCUUUUGCUCACAAGGAAGUCACCGACCACGAGGGGAAGCUGCCGGAUCGGGACAAGUGCUACUAUCAUGUUAACGCCGAAGGAGAGAAGUGUUGA